AUGGCCACGUUUCGCCUCGCCGUGCUCGAGUGCGAUGUCCCCUUCCCGGGCGUAGUCGAACUCCGGGGCUCCUACGGGGACAUGUUCCGCAGCCUCCUCGGCGAGGGCAUGCGCGGGCUGCCAUCCGCCGCCGACGCGCAGACGGUGCUCGAGGUGACCAAGUGGGAUGUCGUGCACGCGCACGUGUACCCGGUGUUUGAAGAUUUCGACGGCCUGAUGAUUUCCGGCAGCAAACACACGGCGUUUGACAACACGCCAUGGAUCGUCGCCCUCGUCGACUACCUCGUCGACUUUUUUAAAAACUCGCGCAAACCGGUCGUCGGCAUCUGCUUCGGACACCAGAUCAUCGCGCGCGCGCUCGGCGGCCGCGUCGAGGUCAGCCCCGGCGGGUGGGAGAAUUCGGUGACGCAGAUUGACCUGAGCGCGACCGGGCAGCAGUUCUUUGGCGUGCCGUCUAUUCACAUGCACCAGACGCACCGCGACGCCGUCACGGUGCUGCCGCCGGGCGUCGACAGCAUCGGCGGCUCGGCGGGCUGCCGCGUGCACGGCAUGUUCCGCGCCGGGCGCAUCCUCUCGUUCCAGGGGCACCCCGAGUUUGACGCCGAGACCAUGGCGCUCAUCCUCAAGGGCCGGUACGCGGUCGGCGUCUUCUCGCAGGCCAUGUACGACGACGCCAUGAGCCGCGUCGGGCGGCCGCACUGCGGCAAGAUGCUGGCGACCAAGGUCUGCGGGUUCCUGCUGGAGGCGAAGCGCGCGGCGUCGAGGUCGUAG